GGGAAAUGGUGUCUAUUUGUGUCUGUGUCAUGGGACAUGGACCUUUGGGACAGGGGAUAAAAGCCCUGAUUCGAGUAAGCACCGCACUGGAGCCAGUCUGAGCCGAAGAUGAGUAGGACUGUACUGUGGCUCCUGGCCUCUCUGGGCUUGGCCUGUUUCACCGCUGUCACUGAUGCUACUCCACUAAAGGUGAUGUCUGCUCCCAACCUGCUACGUGUGGGAACAGUUGAAAAUAUAUUUGUGGAGUGUCAGGACUGCGCUGGAAAGCCAGCCAUGAACGUUGAAAUCACUGCCUGGAAUUAUCCAACGAAAAAUCUCAAACUAAAUGGCACAUCUGUGAUACUUGAUGCAGCCAACAAGUACCAAGCCCUGGGAGAGUUUGUGAUCCCCCCAGGAAGUUUUGAAAAGAAUCCUAAAGUCAAACAAUAUGUGUACCUGAAAGCAGCGUUCCCAGGAUUCACUUUGGAAAAGGUGGUCUUAGUCUCAUUUCAAUCAGGAUAUAUGUUCAUUCAAACAGAUAAGACCCUGUACACCCCCGAGAGUAUGGUUUCUUUCAGGAUUUUUGCUUUGACGCCUGGUAUGAAGCCAAUUGGAAGAGAUGAUGCAUCAGGGAAUGCUGCCUCUAUUACAGUGGAGAUUGUGACGCCCGAAGGCAUUGUCAUCCCGCAAGAUCCUGUGUCACUAAAAGAUGGGAUGCACUCUGGAACAUACCGACUCGGUGAAAUAGUCAGUAUUGGCCAAUGGAAAAUUAGGUCGAAAUUUCAAAGCAACCCUCAGGAAAGUUACUCUGCAGAGUUUGAAGUAAAAAAAUAUGUGCUGCCCAGUUAUGAAGUGAAGCUGACACCUGAGAUAGCUUUCUUCUAUUUUGACUCCGACUCUUUCCAAGUCAGCAUCAAAGCCAAUUACUUGUUUGGAAAAGCAGUUAACGGCAUGGCUUAUGUUGUGUUUGGCGUCAUGGAAGGUGAAAUUAGAAAAGUCUUUCCUUCCUCAUUGCAAAGAAUACCGAUUAAUGACGGUGCAGGUGAGGCGUUCCUGAGGAAGCAGCACAUCAUCCAAACUUUCCCAAACAAGGAAACACUGGUUGGAAAAUCUUUAUUUGUGACAGCCAUGGUGCACACAGAAAGCGGAAGUGAAAUGGUUGAAGGAGAAAUAAGAAAUAUACAAAUUGUUAAAUCACCUUACGUCUUGAACUUUGAUAAAACACCCAAAUAUUUCAAACCUGGAAUGUCAUUUGAUGUCACGGUUACAGUUACUAACCCUGAUGGGAGUCCAGCUGAGGGUGUUCCAGUUGUGUUGAGCUCUGGUCCAAACAUCCACGGCACCACACGCGCCAACGGCAGGACCACCCUCACAGUCAACACCAGGUCAUCUGAUAAAACCCUGACCGUCACUGCAAAGACCAAUGAUGAACGCUUGCCCAAUGCAAGACAGACAGAAGUGUCAAUGGUGGCUAGACCUCAUGAAACAAAAAGCAACAGUUAUAUUCACAUAAAUAUAUUGUCAACAGAUGUGACCUUGGGGACUGAUCUUAAGGUCCAUUUAAACCUGAACAGUAACACCAGACAAUUUGAAAUUACAUAUCUGAUCCUGAGCAGAGGCCAGCUGGUUGACUUUGGGAGGCAACUUUCAGAUGGUCAAGUGACUGUUGUUAUGAUCAUCCCAGUUACCAAAAAAAUGCUUCCAUCAUUUCGAAUCAUUGUGUACUACCACCCCACUCCCUCUGAGGUGGUGUCUGACUCUAUUUGGGUGGAUGUCGAUGACUCUUGUAUGGGCACGCUUAAGCUAGAACCAAAGUUUCCUGUUGUGUCGUAUGAGCCGCGUAGGACAUUUAAUCUGAAGGUGACUGGAGACCCGGGUGCUACUGUCGGACUGGUGGCUGUGGACAAAGGCGUUUACGUCCUGAACAAAAAACACCUACUCACCCAGAAAAAGGUGUGGGAGAUUGUGGAGAAAGCGGACACCGGCUGCACUCCAGGUGGAGGAAGAAACAGCAUGGGAGUGUUUUUUGAUGCCGGGCUCCUGUUUCAAACAGACACAGCAGAGGGGACUGCGUACAGGCAGGAGGUGAAAUGCUCUGCUCAUGCAAGGAAAAAGCGAGCCAGCACUUUGUUUGAUGUCAGAACCACUCUGGUGAGCACCUAUAGCAACUCCCUGCAGCGUGAGUGCUGUUUGGAUGGCAUGAAGAACACCCCUCUUUCAUACGACUGUGCAACACGUAAACGCUACAUCACUGACGGUAAAGAAUGUGAGGAUGCUUUCCUGUACUGCUGUGAAGAGCUGGCCAAGCAGCGCAGCGAACUCAAGGAGGACAACCUCAUUCUGGCCCGCAGUGAGGAGGACAAUAGUUACAUGGAUAGCAGUGAAAUUAUUUCUCGAACUAAUUUCCCAGAAAGUUGGCAAUGGGUUACCUUCAAAAUUCCUCAGUGUGGGAAACGAGAUUGUCAAACUGAAAUGGGCAUUCCCUUAAAAGACUCCAUCACAACCUGGGUGUUUACUGGCAUUAGUCUAUCUCAAAAUACUGGUAUCUGUGUUGGAAAGCCUUUGGAUGUUGUUGUAUAUAAAGAGUUUUUCUUAGACCUCAAACUUCCUUAUUCUGCCGUGGUUGGAGAACAGAUUGAACUUAGGGCGAUUAUACAUAACUACAUUCAAGAUGAAGUCACUGUGCGUAUUGAACUCAUAGAAACCCCAAAUGUGUGCAGCGCAGCAUCAAAGCGUGGCAAAUUUACUCAGGAGGUGAGACUGGGACCCUCUUCCACUCGUGCAGUAAUGUUUGUUAUUAUUCCCAUGGAAAAGGGCUCAUUAAGGAUUGAAGUUAAAGCCGCUGUGAAAAACUCGUGGCAUUCUGAUGGAGUUAUUAAGCAACUGCUGGUUGUGCCAAAGGGUGUUCUCACUAAAGAAAAUAAGAUUGUCCAAAUAAAUCCAAAAGGCGGCACACAAGAAGAGACGAUCAACACUGGUAUUUCAAAAAUUGAAAUGGUUCCAGGAACGCCAUCGAGCACCAAAAUCUUCGUGACAGGCGAAGAUCAGGUGAGCCCCCUGUUGGAGACUGUCAUUGGAGGAUCUGCCAUGGGCAAACUGAUCGUUCUGCCCACUGGGUGUGGGGAGCAGAACAUGUACCACAUGACUAAGCCUGUCAUUGCCACAACAUAUUUGGACAAUACCAAUCAAUGGGAAUCAGUGGGCCUGGGGAAGCGCAGUGAUGCCCUCAGCCAUAUUAAAACUGGCUUCCAAAAUGAAAUGAAAUAUGCUAAACCUGAUGGAUCCUUUGCUGUGUGGCCAAACGCAAAAAGCAGUACUUGGUUAACUGCUUAUGUUGUCAAAGUAUUUGCCAUGGCCAGCAAUCUGGUUGCAAUACCCAACAGUGCAAUCUGUAAUGCGGUGCAGUGGCUGAUCCUGAAUACACAGAAGCCUGACGGCAUGUUCACAGAGGUUAAAAUGGUCUACCACAGAGAGUAUACAGGCGACGUUCAUGGAAGAGAUUCCGAUGCCUCCCUGACGGCCUUCUGUCUCAUUGCGAUGCAGGAGUCCAAACGAAUAUGUGAGCCCAUAGUGAAUAGUUUACCUAAUGCUGUAGAUAAGUCUGUGACGUACCUGGAGAAGCGCCUUCCCUCACUCACCAACCCUUAUGCAGUCACCAUUACAUCAUAUGCUCUAGCUAAUGAAAACAGGCUCAAUAAAGAAACUCUGUACAGAUUUGCUUCUUCAGAGAGGGACCAUUGGACUUCACCUCUGGGACACGUGUUCUCACUGGAGGCAACAGCUUAUGCUCUUCUAGCUCUUGUCAAGGGCAGAUUUCUAGAGGAAGCUCGUCCCGUUGUGAGAUGGCUUACAAAUCAACAGAAGGUCGGUGGCGGAUAUGGGUCAACACAGGCCACGAUAAUGGUGUACCAGGCAGUGUCUGAGUACUGGACUGUGGCUCAAGAACCAGACUAUAACCUGGAUGUGAAGCUGAAGAUCCCUGGGCGCGCUAAUCUGGAAAGCUUUAGAUUCACCAGAGAUAACCGGCACACCACAAGGACGUCUAGUAACUUUGCAGUCGAUGAACAUGUGAAACUGAUUGCCACAGGCACAGGAGAAGCAACUCUGACCCUGCUCACACAAUACUAUGCUCCACCUAAAGACACUUUGAGUAACUGUACAAGGUUCAAUCUUUCGCUGGACUUCAGUCUUGACAAAGUCGAUGAUAACGAAGGAGAUAUUUACAAGCUGAGAGCUGAUUUUUUCUUCAAAAACCCAAAAGAAGCUGCAAAGAUGUCGAUCUUGGAUAUUGCCUUACCCACUGGCUUCAUACCUAUAAAUGACGACUUAAAUGCUUUGUCUGAAGGCCGUGCCCGCGUCCUCUCCGGAUGGGAAUUCAACAAGGAUCUGACAGACAAAGGCUCCCUCAUUCUCUACAAGGACGAGAUUGCUAAUGAUCGAGUGGAAGAGCUCUCCAUUAGAUUGAGACAGACUCACAAAGUGGGCAUUUUACAGCCUGGCUCUGUAUCGCUGUAUGAAUACUAUGAUGCAACAACAAAAUGUGUAAAGUUUUAUCAUCCACAAAGAAAAGACGGUCAGCUCUUGAAGCGCUGCAGAGACAGGAUAUGCCUGUGUGCAGAAGAAAACUGUAGCAUGCAAAGGAAGGGCAACAUCAAAAACCAGGAACGCAUAGCCAAGGCGUGUGAAUCUACACUGACCAGCACGAUUGACUUUGUGUACAAUGCUGUUCUGGACGAAGCAGUGUACAGUGAAUCUUUUGACACCUACACCAUGCGAAUUGAGAACGUCAUCAAGGAAGGAACGCAUGAUAAGCAGGCACAAGGCCAACUGCGCAGGUUCCUCAGUUUCCCGCACUGCAGAGAAACUUUAAAUCUACAGGUAAACAAAGGAUACCUUAUAAUGGGCACAGCCGAGGACACUCUGCAAGAUAAAAAGACUAACUCAUAUGAGUAUUUGCUCGGUGAAAAGACAUGGAUUGAGUUCUGGCCCAGAGGAGAAGACUGCCAAAAAGAUGAAUACAGACCUACAUGCUUGGGUAUCGAAGACCUGAUAAACAAGUAUGAGUCACAUGGCUGUAUUGCUAAAUGAGAUUAAUGCCUGAUGUGUUUCUAUAAGUAAAUAAAUGUUUAUCUUUUGUAAAGGAAAGCAAUAAACAAUAAUAUACAAUAAAAAA